UCAAAUUCUGACCAAUCACACACGCAGGAGGCCAUGACCCGCGGAAAUACGGAAAACCAGAAUUUUGUGUUGUGAACGCGCUACAAAGUCAUUUUUUACGAGUGUAAGUCUGUUUUACCGAUGGAUGUCACUCCCAAAGGAGACAAAUUAAAGACUGAUCGGUGUUUAUCGUACAGUUCAGCCGAGUCAAGCCCAUCGGAGGAGUUUAGAAAGGAAAAGCAUCCGAAGCCGAGUUCCUCUCUGAGGGAGAGGCUGAAGAGAACCAGGCGCUCCUUCACAUCGCCCCUCUCGGUGGCCAAACGCCUCUGCGUGGACAGCGGAGAGCAGGGUGGCCAUCAAGCUUCAGUGGAAACGGGCAGCGAUCCUCCGGUCUCGGUACACAACAGGGAUAACGCAGGAAGCGAAAGGCUAUCCGGACCCACACUUGUCUCCUCUGGAGACGUUGCACAACUCAGAAAGGAGGUGAAAGAAAAAACAGAGACUCUGCGCCGACUCAAGAUGGUCCAAAUGUACAGAAGCAAGAACGAUUUAACACAGCUGCAAACCUUGAUCGACAAGUGGCGGAGCGGUGCUCAGGCUGCUCUGUGUGAGCUGCAGUCAGAGGUCCCUGUGGAUGGACGCAAGGCAAGCCUGUCAGAGCUCAUGGACCUGUUCAGGCUGGAGGACAGCAUUCUGCACUUUGAUCGCACUGAAGAGGACUUCACUACAUAAUUAACCACAAACACACUGAAGAGAAAUCAAAACACGGGAAAUUCCUCCUCCUCAGAUGUUCAACUUCUUCCCAGAGGAACUGCAGUUCCUCUGCCUGUUCCCUGGCAAGGCUCUCCAAGUUACUCCUUUGAACGGUUUCCUGGUAGCAGGCAU